GUAUUGGGCGCUCGUACAUUGUAGGGAGGCGCAUCCCGGUCAAACAUCACCACGUUCCUUCCGUUGGAUCCGCAUUCACAGCUUCAUGGAGUGGCCUGACGACACCACAGUACAUGCAUCCAGUAACCGUUGGAGACGCUUCAUCUAUUAAGCUCCCUCCAUCCGCCGUUCAACUUUCGCUUUCGCUCUGCAUUCAUUCCUCAACCCGAAAUCCUUCGAUCGCUGUUGAGACUUAUACGACAUUGUUUGGAGUGAGCAUUCUUCCACAUCUCUCGAGGGCGUGAGCAUUCAGCAUUGCAGCACCAACUCACCUUGAAACAAUAAAAGUGUCACACAAAGCCGCUUCCACUCGAAGCCUUCUCGCACCCACAUCCGCAUCGUCUCACCGACAAUCUUCCAUUGAAUCGUCAAUUCCAGUAGUCAUGGCCUCCAACACUGGCAAAGGACGCGACGCCGGCGAUUCGAUCAACGGCGCUCCCGCCACUCGUGAACCCGAGCCGCUCAUCAAGGUGCAACCUCCGCGCCGUGAAGACCUACAGCCCUCGUACGCGCAGGACAUCCAUCCCGACACAGAGGAUGCAUCGGCACAUGGCUGGUAUGGUGGCAUGGUCGACGCUUUCGGACAGGUUAUUGGUACCCUGGGUGCCGUUCCGUGCUGCCCCUUCCCGAAUCCGUAUCGACCUGUCAACCAGGGCAACGUGGGCUUGGUGACCAAGUUCGGCCGAUUCGCCAGGGCGGUUGAUCCAGGUCUUGUUAAGGUCAAUGUAUUGAGCGAGAAGAUCAUUCAGGUGGACGUCAAGAUUCAGAUUGUCGAGGUCCCGCAACAGGUCUGUAUGACCAAAGACAACGUCUCUCUCUACCUCACGUCCGUCAUCUACUACCGUAUCACUUCGCCUCACAAGGCCGCCUUCGGCAUCAGCAACAUCCGCCAAGCUCUCGUCGAACGCACACAAACCACGCUGCGUCACGUCGUCGGUGCUCGCCUGCUUCAAGACGUCAUCGAACGCCGUGAGGAGAUCGCGCAAGACAUCCGCAGCAUCGUCGAGGAAAUCGCGGCCGGCUGGGGCGUGGACGUGGAAAGUAUGCUCAUCAAGGAUCUGAUUUUCAGCCAAGACCUCCAAGACUCGCUGUCCAUGGCGGCGCAGAGCAAGCGAACGGGAGAAGCCAAGGUCAUCGCCGCGCGUGCGGAAGUCGAGAGCGCCAAGUUGAUGAGGCAGGCCGCCGAUAUCUUGUCCAGCGCACCGGCCAUGCAGAUUCGAUACCUCGAGGCCAUGCAGCAGAUGGCAAAAUCUGCCAAUAGAUAAGUCCCUUCGCUUCCUCAACACACCCCUGCAUGCUAACUUUCUUUGUACUAAGGUGAUCUUUUUGCCGUCCAGCAACCAAGGCGUCACGGAACAGAUGACUCGCCUUGCCGAUGGCCCUGAAGGGAGCAAUUAUGGAGGUGGUGAAGGCAGCAGUGCCGCGCAGGAAUAUGGACAUGGGAAUGAUGGGAU